AAUCAUUGCAGAAGAAGAGGCUCUUCCAGCUGUCUGAUUUACUUGAGAAAUGAUGGAGAUGUUCUCCCUACAUAGAUAUCUAAAUUGGCCUGACCAAGUUUGAGCAAGUGGGGCUGUGGAUUGUAUGUAGAUCUUUCCACUAAGAGAAGUUCAGCUCAACCUCUUGUCUUGAUGCUGUGACCCGGUAGUUUUCAUUUCGGGAUAUAAUUACUACUACCAAACUGUAGUAAGUGAACCUAAGGGUUAUCAAAACAAAAAGAUAGAAGCAACUGUUCUGUGGGUAGUCUCAGAUUGAACUGUGCUGCACGGUACAGGGCUUUAUAAAAUGCGAGUGACCCGCGUUUUCAUCGACGGGUCGCGUCUCGCAGAGCCUGUGCUGGGAACAGUCUCUGACCUCUUGGUGUCUCUCAGCAUUCUUUGUCUGCAGCAGUUGUUUGUAUGGAAAAGUUAGAGUUAGGCAAGUGGUGAGAUAUUUUUAGUAGCCUAAUCGGAUGAGCAAUGGCCUUUAGAAGAGGCGUGUGGUGAAGCAGCUGUCUGUGAGCGUUGGGGAACGGGGGAGGAGGCCCGGCCGCCCUGGGCAGAACAGCUGCAGCCACCAACCACAGUUGGCAGUACUGCAGUUAAAGGAAGAGGAGAGAGUCCUACCUAAAAUACCCUAAAUGCUUGUCUGUGUAGACUAAUAAAGUAUUCUUCUCUAUUACUUGCUCCAGUACUUCCGAGGGAAAAACCAAUACAUGUGGUUGGAAAACACACUUCCAAAACUGGUACAUUUUUGGUCCUUAUCUCUCUGAGAAGCAUGUUGUGGGCCAGACAGACAUGGCCUUGAGGCAGCAGAGCUUCACCAGGGGAGGGCACAUAACUCCUGAUCUUUAAUAAGUGAGAAGUACUGCAUGAAAUGACAACUGGGAUAAAACAAACGAGUGAUUUGUUGUUGUGGGAUAAAGGACUACUGUGCUUCUAUACUUGUGACUCAAGUUUUUUCAUCAAGAGCACAGUCAAUUCCAAGCUGCUAGGAGGUAACACAGACUGCAGAUAAACAAGCAGUUGGAGGCCAGUUUACUUGUUGAAAGAUGGUUAAUAAUCAUCAAAACGUGUUUAUUAACCCAAAUCCUCGCUAAACUAGUGCUUUGGAACAUAAAAGUGUGAUUGAUGUUGUUUCUUCUGAUUGACAUAACACUUCUGAAUCUGUGGCCCUGGAACACCUUUUCAGGUUCCCUUAGGUGGCUCCUCUUCUACUGCUAUUCAUGUUCCUGUGUGCUCCCUAUGCCUCCUCCUCCCUUCCUACUAUUACUCUUCAGGUGCAGGAACUGGAAUACAAAACUAAGUGACAAAUAAUCCUGCAGAUCAGUGCUUUUUGGUUUGUUGGGUUUUCUUAACACCAUCACACUGUGAAACUUUGUCUGGGGUGGAAAUUAUAGUUCUACCUAUUAGCAGCUAGGUAUACCAAUAUGUAAUUAAACUUAUAAGGAGGGAUAAGCAGUGGAUCGUUUCAGCAUGUUAGCAGGUCAGGCUCAGUGCCAGGGAGAAGCAAUGGUUCCUUCUGACUGUGCUGCAGAAUCUGCUUCUGUAUUAUGAGUGUAAGCACAAUAGUGAAGCACAAGCAUGCUCCCAGUGACGUGAAUGUGAGGCCCUUUGGUGGCUGUGCAAUUACUGAUGCAAUCAAGCCUGUCGUUGGACUCGCCAUCUCCUCCAAUUCCUCUGCCUCUGUUCCAUCUGUGUGGUCCAGUCCCUUCUGCUCUCAAGAGCCAGCAAAUCAACUGGAGUGAAUUGUCUCCAGGUUACAAAAAGAACCCCCCCAAACCCAGAACCUUAACUUGAAAAUAAUCACAAACGUGGCUUUCAAAGGUGAGGAUGAACAAUCUACUGAGAUGGCUGCAAGGUGGGAAGAUGAGAAGGUGACUGAAGCUGCCUCAGAUGGUUUUGUUGCUAUUAAAAUCGACACCAAAAGCGAAGCGUGCCUGCAGUUUUCUCAAAUUUAUCCUGUCGUGUGUGUCCCAUCGAGUUUUUUUAUAGGAGACAAUGGAAUCCCUUUGGAAGUAAUCGCUGGCAGCGUUUCUGUCGAAGAGCUUGUUACCAGAAUCCAGAAGGUGAAACAGAUGCACACAGUAAAAGGACAGCCUUUGGAAAAUGGCAGUCAGUCAUCUGCUCCCUGCCCCUCCUCUCAACCUGACGCUGCUCCAGAAAACACACAGUCCAGCGCAGCAGCAUGUUCUGACUCUCCCCAGUCUGUUCUGUCUGAGACAAUACGACCUUCUGCUGAUGGAGGAAAUCCAGGUCAUGCAAGCCAGGAAGCAGCUAAUUGUUUAGAUGAACAAGUGAGGGAUUCUCAGCCCGCGAAUGAUCUCGCGCUCAAAGUCGAAAGGAUAACAAAAAAGCUUGAAGAAAGACGAGAAGAGAAGAGGAAAGAGGAAGAGCAGAAAGAAAUUAAGAAAGAAAUCGAACGGAGGAAAACUGGCAAAGAAAUGUUGGAGUACAAAAGGCGGCAGGAAGAGGAACUGACGAAACGGAUGUUGGAGGAAAGGAACAGAGAAAAGGCAGAAGAGAAGGCUGCCAGGGAGCGGAUCAGGCAGCAGAUUGCAAUGGAUCGUGCUGAGAGAGCAGCUCGCUUUGCAAAAUCGAAGGAAGAAGCAGAAGCAGCAAAAGCUGCAGCUCUUCAGGCCAAACAGGCUGAAAUGGAGGCCAGGAAAGAGGCCUCCCAACGGGAGCGAAGUGCAAUAGCCAGGAUUCAGUUCCGCCUCCCAGAUGGAUCUUCCUUCACUAACCAGUUCCCAUCUGAAGCACGGCUGGAAGAAGCAAGGCAGUUUGCUGCACAGACGGUUGGUAACGCUUAUGGCAACUUUUCUCUGGCCACAAUGUUUCCCAGAAGGGAGUUCACCAAAGAAGAUUAUGGAAAGAAGUUACUGGACCUGGAGUUAGCCCCCAGUGCCUCAGUAGUGCUGCUGCCGGCGGGAAGACCUGCCACUUCUGUUGUUCAGGCUUCAGGAGGGGACCUGUGGAAGUUCUUGGGCACAAUACUUUAUCCUCUCUUAGCGGUUUGGAGAUUUAUCAGCAACUUCCUGUUUACGAGCCCUCCCCCCUCACAGCCUCCUGUGAGAACAGCUCACCAGCCAGACCAUCCAAGUCCCUCAGCAUCCAGCAGCGUGGAGCAGAGCAGGCAAGCCGUGAGGAAACGAGCGGUGGAAAAGCGAGGGGAUGACUUCAAAAAAGAAGGCAAAAUCUAUAGACUGAGGACUCAGGAUGAUGGAGAAGAUGAAAACAAUACAUGGAAUGGAAAUUCUACACAGCAAAUGUAGUUUGGAGUUAACUGCAGUAAUCACUCUCUGGCUUUUGGGUUGUGGGGUUUUUUCUUUUUCCUGAUUUGAUCUAAGUCCAUUGAAGCUUCUGGACAAAAGUGGGGUUUAUUUUACACCGACUUCAUUCUUAUUCCUACAGUGGAGUUAUGGAAUAAAGUCACCUAAGUCAGAAAACUGGAGCAGGGUGUAGCUGAGGCCUAGAAGCAAAGAGUUAAAAAGGACUGAAAAUCUCCAUCAGCUUUCAUAAUCUUUACCCUACUGCCAUAGAAAGGCACUUUUUAAUCUAUAAAUACUCUGCUACAUAAAUAUAAAGGCCAGGUAUUCAUGUAAAGGUCGUGGUAGGCAAUGACUGAUUCAAAGGAGGGUUUCAGAAGCACUGUAAGUAGCAAAUUAGGUUACUAAUUUAUGUUUAACUUUUUUUUUUCUUGCUUCUGCAACUGCAAGCAAAACCUUGUAGUUUUUAAUUCCCUGAGCACUCAAUAAACUAUUUUACAGAAA